CGGCCUUUUCUAGCAACGAAAAGUUUUCUUUUUAAGUGAGCUGGUUACUCUUACCGUUAGCGGCCGGUCAGCGCACGCAGAUACCUACCAUAGUCGCCGAGCUCUUCCGGUUGCCACCCGGUGGCUCUGAACUCGCAACGCGAUUGUUCUUUAACUCUUCUGACCUCUUUGCGAUUCUCUUGCCUCACAUCACCUUCUCCGAGAAGAACAAAAACCAUUCUUUUCGCCCCCUGGUUUGUGCUCUUGCUCUCUCUCUCUCUCUCUCUCUCUCUCUCUCUCUCUCUCUCUCUCUCUCUCCGCUUUAUUAAACUGUAUCUAAUUCUCACAAUUUUUCUCCAAGAAUUUGAUAUCUGUUGCCGCAUACUUGUUGUAGUAAAGCAUAGGAACAAUGCCUGAGGGAGUGAAAGCUGAGAAUCUAUUGAACAGUUUAGUCGAAACAGUUGCUGAUAGUGUUCAAAAGCAUAAAUCUGUUUCCUUUUUUGAGGAAGAGAAGAAUGAAUCAGUAACUUCUCAGUUCAAACGGCUGUUUGGGCGUCAGAAACCUGUCCACAAUGUUUUAGGGGGUGGAAAAUCUGCUGAUGUGCUGUUAUGGAGGAACAAGAAGAUCUCAGCGAGUGUCUUAGCUGGAGCAACUGCUAUCUGGGUGCUGUUUGAAUGGCUUAACUACCAUUUUCUUACAUUUUCCUGCAUUGCUGUGAUUCUUGGCAUGCUUGUCCAAUUUCUGUGGUCAAAUGCCUCUAAUGUAUGGAACAGAGCACAGUCCAAUGUACCACGUCUCAUUAUUCCUGAUGAGUUAUUUGUCAACAUUGGCAUCUCAGUUGGUACUGAGGUUAACCGGGCUUUGGGGUUUCUUCAGGAUGUUGCAUGUAGAGGAACUUCGAAGCAAUUUCUCAUGGUUGUAUUAAGCUUGUGGGCUGCUGCAGUGAUAGGAAGUUGGUGCAAUUUUAUGACUGUUUUAUACGUUGGUUUCGUUGCUGCCCAUACAAUGCCGGUUCUGUACGAGAGAUACGAAGAUCAAAUUGAUGGCUUUGUAUACAAUGCCCUUGAUCAGCUUCAACGCCACUAUGGUAAGUUUGACGCUGGCGUCCUCAGCAAAAUCCCGAAGGGAAGGUUCAAGGGGAAGAAGCACCAAUAAAUUCAUCCAACGUUUGAUGUGAGUGCAAACCCACGUCUCUUUGCACCCUUUCAUUAAAUUCAGCUUAUGGGGGAAUUGGACAGCGUAUUUCUUGUUGUAUGUAGACAUAUCAAGACUCAUUUCACUUUGAACAUUAGUGUUGUUCGUAUGAUGCAAUUUACCAACAGGAACUUAUAUCAUUCUGCAAGUUGUGGUCCGGCAAAACUGCAAUAUUUUGCAUGUGAUGCGGCUUCCAAAAGUCCUAGUUAAUUUUAAAAAGUAGGUUUUCAAAA